UCUGUGUCUGAAUUCCCGCCAUUUAAGGCUAAGUAUUGAACAUUUCCAUUAACGGAUUAAAACAAAUCAUCCUCCUAACAAAAAAAAAUGUUUGUAUCAUACGUAUGAUCUUCAAUAUUACCAAAAAAAGAGUGUAGCACUUGAAGAAGACAAACAUAAACAUUAACAAAAUGAUGCACCAGUACUUGAAAGACAACUUUGAGGUGGAGCCAAAAAACCCAUCUGAAGAAGCUAUAAGAAGAUGGAGAUCUGCUGUUUCUGUCGUCAAGAACCCUCGUCGCAGGUUUCGCAUGGUUGCUGAUCUUGCUAAGCGCGCCGAAGCCCAAACUAAACGUAAAAAGCUUCAGGAAAAAAUACGAAUAGCCCUUUACGUCCAGAAGGCAGCACUGCAUUUCGUUGAUUCUGUUAACCGAAACGACUACAAGCUGACAGAUCAUGUAAGGGACGCUGGAUUCUACGUCGAGCCAGAUCAUCUAGCUUCCAUAGUUCGAACUCAUGAUUCCAAGGCCUUGAAAACUCAUGGCGGAGUCGAAGGAUUAGCCAGAGAAGUCUCUGUGUCUUUAACUGAUGGAAUUGUGUCGAGUGAUGUCUCUAUCAGGAAAAACAUAUAUGGUCCGAACCAAUAUGCUGAGAAGCCUGCUAGAUCUUUCUGGAUGUUUGUUUGGGAAGCAUUACAUGACCUUACACUCAUUAUUCUCAUUGUCUGCGCUGUGAUUUCGAUUGGAGUCGGAAUUGCCACGGAAGGGUGGCCGAAUGGAAUGUACGACGGGAUCGGAAUUGUUCUUUGCAUUAUCCUGGUAGUGAUGGUCACUGCAAUUAGUGAUUUUAAACAGUCCUUGCAGUUUAAGGUUUUAGAUAAGGAGAAAAAAAAUGUGCUUGUUCAGGUCACUAGAGAAGGAUCCAGGCAGAAAAUUUCAAUCUAUGAUCUAGUUGUUGGUGAUAUUGUUCAUUUAUCUAUUGGAGAUUUGGUUCCUGCAGAUGGUGUUCUUAUAUCAGGACAUAGCUUAUCCAUCGACGAAUCGAGCUUGUCGGGUGAGAGUGAGCCGGUGGAUGUGAAUAUUAAGCGCAGGCCUUUUCUUCUGUCUGGAACCAAAGUGCAAAAUGGAUCUGGCAAAAUGCUGGUUACAGCAGUGGGUAUGAGGACUGAAUGGGGAAGAUUGAUGGUUACUUUAAGCGAAACGGGAGAAGACGAGACGCCCUUGCAGGUGAAACUCAAUGGAGUAGCAACAAUUAUUGGGAAAAUAGGUUUAGUUUUUGCAAUCAUGACAUUCAUGGUUCUGAUGGGAAGGUUUCUAAUCGUAAAGGGGCGAAAUCAUGAGAUGUCGAAAUGGUCUGCUGCUGAUGCAAUGCAAAUCUUGAAUUUCUUUUCGGUUGCAGUCACUAUAAUUGUUGUUGCAGUUCCUGAAGGGCUUCCGUUAGCAGUGACACUAAGUCUGGCAUUUGCAAUGAAGAAACUAAUGGAAGAUCGAGCGCUGGUUAGGCAUCUUUCCGCCUGCGAAACUAUGGGCUCUGCAAGCUGCAUUUGUACUGAUAAAACUGGAACAUUGACUACAAAUCAUAUGGUAGUUAAUAAGAUUUGGAUUUCCGACCAAACCAAAUCAAUCCCAAGUGAAGUGAACAUAAACAAAUCCGUGCAAGACAUAUUUUUACAGGCUAUAUUUCAGAAUACGGCUGCAGAGGUAGUCAAAGGAAAAGACGGGAAGACGAAUAGCAUACUAGGGUCGCCGACAGAGACAGCAAUAUUAGAGUUUGGAUUGAAUUUAGGCGGUGAUUUCAGAAUUCACCGAAAUGAGUCUGAGAUAGUAAAAGUCGAGCCAUUCAAUUCAGACAAGAAGAAAAUGUCUGUGCUAGUAACUCUACCUAAUAACAACGGCGGGUUUCGAGCAUUCUGCAAAGGCGCAUCAGAAAUAAUCCUGAAAAUGUGCGACAAAGUGGUAGACAGCGAAGGGCAGGCUGUGACCAUGUCCGAAGAAGACAGAAAGAAAAUCAAUGAUGUGAUAAAUGAUUUCGCUUGUCAAGCUCUGCGGACUCUGUGCUUGGCUUACAAGGAUAUAGAAAGCGGUUCUGAGGACAAAAAUAAUAUUCCUGAAGAUAACUAUACGCUAAUAGCUGUGAUUGGGAUUAAGGAUCCUGUAAGAGCAGGCGUGAAGGAGGCGGUGAAGAGUUGUUUAGAAGCCGGUAUUAUUGUGCGUAUGGUCACUGGUGACAACAUCAAUACUGCAAAAGCCAUUGCUAGAGAAUGUGGCAUUUUGACAGACGGCGGAUUGGCUAUUGAGGGUCCAGAUUUUCGCAGUAAAACCCCUCAGGAAAUGGACGACAUUAUACCAAAACUUCAGGUUAUGGCUCGGUCCUCGCCCUUAGACAAGCAUAAACUUGUAACGCAUUUGAGAAAUGUGUUCAAAGAAGUUGUUGCAGUGACUGGUGACGGGACUAAUGAUGCUCCUGCCUUGGCCGAAUCAGACAUUGGGCUCGCUAUGGGGAUUGCAGGAACAGAGGUUGCAAAAGAAAGUGCUGAUGUGAUUAUAAUGGAUGAUAACUUUACUACUAUAGUAAAUGUUGCAAGAUGGGGAAGAUCAGUUUACAUAAACAUUCAGAAAUUCGUACAGUUUCAGUUAACCGUCAACGUUGUUGCCUUAAUGAUCAAUUUCAUUUCAGCAUGCGCCUCGGGAGAAGCUCCUCUGACCACUGUCCAACUGCUUUGGGUGAACUUAAUAAUGGACACUCUUGGUGCACUAGCAUUAGCCACAGAGCCUCCUCAUGAUGGUCUCAUGAAGAGACCUCCAAUCGGGCGGAAUGUUGCUUUCAUUACCAAGAUCAUGUGGAGGAACAUUAUUGGACAGAGUAUCUACCAAAUCAUUGUCCUUGUCAUCCUCCAAUUUUAUGGGAAACAUCUUCUCAAGCUUAAUGGUUCAGAUGCUACAGACAUUCUCAACACUUUCAUAUUCAAUACCUUUGUGUUUUGCCAGGUGUUCAACGAAAUAAACAGCAGAGAUAUGGAGAAGAUAAAUGUAUUUGACAGAGUGUUCGACAGUUGGGUGUUCCUGGGAGUGAUGGUUUCAACAGUAGGAUUCCAAGUUGUAAUAGUUGAGUUUCUGGGAACAUUUGCUAAAACAGUGCCACUGAGCUGGGAAUUAUGGCUGGCCAGUGUCUUAAUGGGAGCAGCAAGCUUGCCUGUUGCUGUUGCUUUGAAGUACAUUCCUGUGGAAGUUGCGAGACAGAAUGAUGAUGGUUACGAACCUCUUCCGAGCGGUCCGGAUCAGGCUUAAACACAAAUUUUAGAUGGGAAUAUUUUUAUGAACUUAAGUAUAUUGUGGCUAGUCAUUCUUUUCUUUUCUCUCAGGUUAUUUCAGCAUGAAAUUGUAUGCCUAGAUAAAGAAAACUAAAGCUGAAGAUUUUCUAUGCAAAUUAUUUUCCUAUCCUGCUUCAA